AUGAGAGUCAUUCCGUCCCGAUUAAGUUAUCUGUUCCUUCACCUCUUUGCGUUUUGCUACUAUGCUCAGGUAACCAUUCAGUCCCCGCCUAAUUUUACACAGCAUGUGAAUGAGCAGAGUAGGGUGACUGACCGGGUCAGCCGCAGACUCAUCCGGACCUACCAGCUGUACAGCAGAACCAGCGGCAAACAUGUGCAGGUCCUGCCUAACAAAAAAAUCAAUGCGAUGGCUGAAGACGGAGACUCGAAUGCAAAACUCAUUGUGGAGACAGACACAUUCGGCAGUCGAGUCCGUAUUAAAGGAGCAGAGACAGGUUUCUACAUCUGUAUGAAUAGAAGAGGAAAAUUAAUUGGCAAGAAAAACGGUCACGGAAAAGACUGCAUUUUUACAGAGAUAGUGCUGGAGAAUAACUACACGGCUCUCCAGAAUGUAAAGUAUGAGGGCUGGUACAUGGCGUUCACACGCAAGGGAAGACCUCGCAAGGGUUCCAAAACCAGGCAACACCAGCGGGAAGUCCACUUCAUGAAGCGAAUGCCCAAAGGACACCACAUUGCAGAGCACAGACCCUUUGAUUUCAUCAAUUACCCUUUCAACAGACGGACUAAACGCACCCGAUACUCAGGAGAGCGCUGA